UCCAAGGACACAUUCUCUCCACAGAUAAGUGUUAUGUGUGUUAUGGCUAAAUAUUUUUUUCCUGUUGAACACUCAAGGCGACGGUGAAUAUCACCACAUUAGUACGCAGUGGCGGGACAAUAUUCAGCAGUCACUACUCCUCCCCUCGUUGAAAUACUGCGAACCACACGGGACGGGAACAUCGACAUCAUGUGGAUUUGCAAAGCCUUGUGGUACAUUGUAGUUGCUGUCACAUUAGAGGGCAGGGAACAGAUCCUGCAGAAGUUUCAGAAGAUCGGGGACACCAGACUCUUGUGUCCAGACUGCUCGCUGCCCAUUAGAGUCAAAUAUAACCUCUCAGUUGAUAACUGUGCUCGUAAGUGCAGCAGGAACAAGAAGACUUUCACCUGCAGGGCGUUUUACUAUGAACAUCAGAACAAGAAGUGUCACCUACUUCCCUUUGAUCACUACAGUCCAGGCACCCAGAGGGAACGCACGGCUCACCACGAUCUUUACGAGAAGAAAGAGGGUAGGGAUCAGACACUCCAAAGGUACCUGAAGACCGAGGCAUCCUGGCUGUGGUGCAUAGAUUGCUCUCCCUCCGCAAGGGUCAGAAAGAAUCUCUCUCUGGAGGAAUGUGCACAAGAGUGCAGCAAGUCCAGGAGGAAGGUUGUUUUCACCUGCAGGGCAUUUUACUUUGACCACCUAAACAGGAAAUGCCACUUGCUUGCCUUUGACCGCUACAGCCAAGGGACUAGGCUUGAACACAAAGAAAAACACAACCUUUAUGAAAAGAAAGAAUUUGUGAGAGAGUGUAUCCUUGGCAACGGAGAGAACUACAGGGGCAGAAAAGCUGUCACCAAGUCUGGGAUCCCAUGUCAGUCCUGGGCAGCCUCCAUUCCUCACGAACACAAUUUCCAGAGGCACAGUAAGAAGAAAGACCUCCGUGAUAACUUCUGUCGCAACCCAGAGGGUGAGGCCUCCGGUCCGUGGUGCUUCACCAGUGACCCAGCCAUCCGCCACCAGGAGUGUGACCUGCCUCAGUGCUCCGAAGUAGAGUGUGUGGUAUGUAGAGGGGAGGGAUACAGAGGCCCAGUGGAUCACACACAGAGUGGUUGGGAAUGCCAGAGAUGGGACACACAGUGGCCACAUAAGCAUGACUUUCAGCCUAACAGGCAUCCUAAUAAAGGCCUGUCUGAUAACUACUGCCGAAACCCAAAUAACGAUGUGCAGCCCUGGUGUUAUACCAUGGACCCUGAGAAGCGCUGGGAGUAUUGCAACAUCAGUGUUUGUGACUAUCAUAAUGAUACGACUGUGGACACAACCACUUCGUGUUAUCGAGGUCAAGGAGAAAACUACAGAGGCAGCAUGAACAUAACCUCCAUUGGGGUCCCCUGUCAGCGCUGGGACCUGCAGUUCCCUCAUAACCACACCUACACCCAACAGAAUUACAAAUGCAAGGAUCUGAGAGAUAAUUUUUGCAGAAAUCCUGAUGGGGAUGAGAGCCCCUGGUGCCUCACCACUGACCCUUCUGUGCCCAGAGCCCCCUGCACCAACAUCCCCAGGUGUGAGUCGGACACGUCACACAGCACAGAUUGUUACGAAGGCAGUGGUGAGACAUACCGUGGUAACCUAACCAAGACACGCUCUGGAAUUCCCUGUGGCUAUUGGGCUGACCAUGACUAUAGUGAUGACACACGUUCAGCAGCUGGGUUGGCCCUGAACUUGUGCAGGAACCCCGAUGGGGACAAACACGGCCCCUGGUGCUACACAACCAACCACUCCAUACCAUGGGACUACUGCCAACUACAGCACUGUAAAACGCCAUCAACAAAAGUCCACCCAAAACUCAGCAUGCCAAAGCCUUCAUGUUUCAGUCACAAAACCACCCGGAUUGUUGGAGGCACUAUUGCUCAGAGGGAUGGCAGCUGGGUGGUCAGCAUCCAGAAAAGAAGUGUCCACUGGUGUGGUGGGACACUGAUCAGAGAGGAGUGGGUUCUUACUGACCAGCAGUGUUUCUCUUCAUGUGUUCCUGACCUGUCGGAGUACAGUGUGCUGGUCGGCCUCCUCCACCUCAACCUCUCCUCCCAGAGACCCGUCCUCCGUAUAGCACAUGUGGUCUGUGGGCCGGAGGGCUCCAACCUGGCUCUGCUCAAACUCUCACAGCCAGCUCCACUAUCAGAUACAGUCAGGACUCUUCAACUGCCUGUGGUGGGGUGUGAAGUGAAGGAGGGGUCCUUCUGCCUCAUGUAUGGGUGGGGAGAAACUAAAGGGACAGGACACGAGGGACAUAUGAAAGUGGUUAGUCUUCCCAUUGUCAGCAAUGACAGAUGCUCCUCUAUCCACAAUGGCAGUCUGCCUAUCACAGAGACCAAGCUGUGUGCUGGAGGAGAGAAAGAUAAAGGAGUCUGUGAGAAAGACUACGGCGGCCCUCUGGUUUGCCAGGAGCGGGAGAGCAAAGUCAUAAUGGGAGUGAGCAUCCAUGGCCGUGGCUGUGGCAUUGCCCAAAGACCUGCCAUAUUUGUGAACGUGCCUUUUUAUGCAGACUGGAUACGUAAAGUUUUUAUACGCUUCUCUGAAGUCAGAAACUAUUAGACUAGCAAACUCUGAAACUGUAAUAACAUCCAAACUUUGGACCUCUAGAUUUUCUUUGGAACAACCUCAAGUUGUGUGUUAUUGCCAUAGAGGCAGACUCUGCUCUGAAUUAAUUCUGUACAUGCAGCAGUGUAUGGCUUAUGAAGAUGCAAUGAUAAAAAGGAGAUGAGUAUUGAGAGGAAGGAUGCAAGGACUCAGAGAGGGCUGAAGUGCACACAUGGAAAUGACUUGCUGUGUUCUUUCCUCUUCAGCAGGCAUGUAUACAAUAUCGCUUUUGGUGGAGGUACACACAUUUUCAUGUCCAAAGUUGAAAUGAUGUUGCAGGAUUGUUCGGGUCAAAUGACUUGUAAAUGUUCACAUGUAAACACUCGUCAUCAUUAAGGGGCUUUGAAUAAUGAUCUGUGUAGUGUCUCUGGUCAGUGAUUCAGAAGCUUUCUGUAAAUAUUUGUUCACAAAAAUGCAAAUUGAAUUCCAGUCGGGAGUUUACGGCAGGCCCAGAUGGGCUGUGUGGCGUGUAAAUCUGUGCAUAGUAUUGUCUUAUGGUGCAUUCAUGGCACUCCCUGUGUUCAGUUUGGGUCUUAUAGAUCUAGCUUGCUUAAAGCAACAAUAUGUUUGUAGGUUUUUACCAAUUUUAAGGUAAAUUUAUGUAGGUAGCUAGUUCUGUAACAUCCUCAAAUUCAGUCAUUCCUGCUAGCCAUAGUUUUGUGAUUGUGGGCAAAGAAACCACUCUCAAAUGAAAGAACAACUUUACAUCAUGACUUAAAAAUAUAUUUAAGUAAUAUGUUUAAUAUAAACACUUAUAGUGCCAAAUACAUCUGUCAGAAACAAGCUGUUUUUUUUAGCAGAGCCGGCUGACUGCCAGCUCAGGAUAUUAUAUUGUUUGCCCCACACAUUGCAUACAGUUCACUGAUAAUGUCAAGAAUAUAGUCCACAGGCCUGAGCUUUGAUCACAUAAUAUUUCAAUAUAAAAAGGGUAAGCUGGUUAUUUGUAGUGAUAUACCUUUGUUUGUUUUGCCAAAACCGUGUUCAAAACAGACAGUGUUUGAUAUAGAAAGUUGUCAUUUGUUGCCCCAACAUGCCCCAAACUCAUGAGUUAUAUUUAUGACUUUUAUACUUUCAUUUUAUAUAAUCUUGUGGAUUAUAUAGUAUAUAUGUUGCAAUGAGUGAUUACCUCUUCUCUUCACUGUAUAUACUUUUAGUUCUGUAUAUGGUCAACUCAAACUUGCCCCUAUUUUAUUUGAAAACAACAAUGAUGGAAACAUUUUCAGGAACACGUAUGGUAUACCAUUUCAAUAAAAAUAAUGGAUAGGUUUAUGUGUGUUUUUAAUAAAAUGAUGCUUA